AUGUCGACUUGGCAGCAACAUGUUCUGUCAAAUACAGCAAAUAAUAAUUCAAAUCAAUCGAUUAACAAUCAUAAUGUAAAUCAUCGAUCAAGUUCAGUGGAGACGUGUGAUAGUCUGGGAGACAUUAAUCAUACAUCAUCACUAUCGGGAGAUUUUGGUAAUCUCUUCAAUCAGUCUGAUUACAGUGACAUUGAAUUAAUUGUUGAGUCGGAACGUUUUUAUGCUCAUCGUAUUAUUUUAGCAGCACGUUCAGACUAUUUUCGUGCAUUACUUUUUGGUGGUUUACGUGAAUCUCAAAAUGAUAAUCAUACAAUUGAAAUCAAAGAAUGCAAAUCAGCAGCAUUUAAAAUUCUUUUAGAAUAUAUUUAUACAGCACAGAUUAAUUUACUGAAAGAGAAAGAAGAAAUUUUACUUGAUCUACUUGGUCUUGUACAUCAAUAUGGUUUUCAGCAAUUAGAAAAUAGUCUAUCAAUCUAUUUAAAAUCAAUAUUAUCUUUAAAAAAUGUUUGUACUAUUUACGAUACAGCUUGUCUUUUUAAUUUAAAAAAUCUAAAACAACAUUCAGCUCAAUUUAUUGAUAAUAAUGCUGAUGAAAUUAUUAAAACAAAUGAAUUUGUUUCAUUAUCAUCGGUAAGUUGA